AUGAAGCUGGAGAAGGAGCCGGAGGCACCACUGCAGUUCUUACUGGCAGCAGAGUCGGACUUUGAGGAGGUCGUGGCCAUGUCCGAGGGCAUCUACGGGGGCCUGGACUACCUGCCCAGCCGCUACCAUGCCUGGUUGCGUGAGCCCCAGCGCACCGUGGUGCUGGCGAAGCGUGCUGGUGCCGUGAUCGGGCUGCAGUCGGUGGUCAUAAUUGAUGGCGGGGAGACAGCACUGGUGGAGGGGCUACGCGUGGCCCCCUGGGAGCGGGGCAAGGGCGUCGCAGGGGAGCUGCAGCGCUUCUGCGCUGGCCUCAUCAAGCAGCAGCACCCGGGGGUGAAGGUCUCACGCCUGACCCGCGAUGACCCACUGGGCCCCAAGGACUUCCGCAAGUACCGCAUCGUGGCCAAGCAGGUACCCACCAUGCCCCUUAAUGGGGUAUUAUGGUAG